AUGUUCUCAACAUUGCCCAGGAAGAAGACCUUGACGACUUACUCAAAGAAAGCACAACGAAUCAACCACCAAUCAACUCUCGCUUCGCCAAGCUCGCAUGACGGACAAUACCGUAGAAGACGCGUUACAUUGACCUCUCCCAUUCGUGCCGACAUUCCUCCCACUGGCCCAAGCUCAAUAUCCGUCUCCCUGUCAGGACAAGACGACCAUGAAGACGACCAAUUGUCGCAAGCUGAAACAGAUGUCCCUCUAUCAGAGGUCCAAAGACGCCCGGAGCCUUGCCCAGCUCGCGAGCUUGCAUUCGCAACAUCACUAGAUCGAGCUGCGAGCCCUGUAAGCUCUUCCGAGCACGACUCCAUCUCGGAUGAAGAUCUGAUGCCUACUGAUCGUGGUGGCACGAAGCGUAUCCGGAGAGCUGUAAAGCCUCAACCGCUAAGCAAGCUGAGAAGAUCAUUGAACAUCCGGCCCAAGAAGUUGCAACUCGUUGUCAAACAAUCGACGUCCAUUCUCUCAAAGGGAACACUUCGGGCUAUCGAGAGAGGCGCGGAUGGAUUCGAUGAGAUGAAUCUUGUUCUUUUAGCAGCAUCAAAGCCGAGGAACACCAAGCGCAAGGUUCCCAAUUCGAUCGCAAGGUUGGAUAUCAUCAGGGGGCCUCAUCCACAUGUCGACUUUGACCAUUCAGAUUGGCUGGCAGUUCCUUACCAAGACCUCCUCGCUCAAGAACCGCAAACGUCUUUUAGCGCAGCCGAGGCGGCCAAAGAGAAGCCUGAAGCUGAAGAAGUGUUCGUAGGAGACGUCCUUCCAAAAAAGGAGGGAGCCAAGGCUUCGUCGAGACCGCCCGCCCGGCCAUCGGCCAAAGAGGCACUUCUGUAUGCGCAGCUCUCAUCUGUGUCGGCACCGAUCAUGCGGCGGUCAUGUUCAGAUGAAGAGAGCGAGGAUGGCUACGCCAAUGGCUUCUUGUAUGAAGGAGACGGCGAUCUGGAGCAGAGGAUGAGUGAUGCGGAACAGGAGGAUCUCGGGGUGGGCUCAGUCAGCUAG